AUGUCACAGGACUGCAGCGAUGAGUGGGAGCUGAGCAAAGAGAAUGUGCAGCCCCUCCGUCACGGGCGUAUCAUGUCCACCUUGCAGGAAGCUCUGGCUCAGCAGGAGGCCUCUGUCCACACUGCUGUUCAGCUCAAAAAACAGGAGUUUGAAUCAGAGAUUCGAUUUUACUCUGGAGAUGAUCCACUGGAUGUCUGGGACCGGUACAUCAAGUGGACAGAGCAAACCUUCCCCCAGGGUGGAAAGGAGAGCAAUCUUGCAGCAAUAUUGGAAAGGGCAGUGAAAGCACUCAAUGAGCAGCAGCGAUACUACAAAGAUCCCCGCUAUCUUAAUCUCUGGCUCAAGUUUGGAAAUUGUUGUAAUGAGCCCUUGGAUCUGUACCGCUACCUACACAGCCAGGAAAUUGGCACAACACUGGCACUACUCUACGUCACAUGGGCAGAAGCACUUGAGGCUAGAGGAAGCUUUAAGAAAGCAGAUCUGAUAUUCCAGGAAGGUCUCCAGCGCAAGGCUGAGCCUUUUGACAAACUCCAGUCUUAUCACAGGCAGUUUCAGACCCGUGUUUCUCGGCAGACACUACUGGGACUUGAGGAAUCACCAGACGAAAAAGAUUCGGGUCUUCUGGAAGUUGUAGAACCUCAGAGAAACUCACUGGCAGAUCUAAAAGGCGUGGGGAAGAAAAAAGUUGUAGGAGAUGCACUUAAAGCCACCAACCAAAAAAGAAGCACUCAGACUCUCGCUUCUCAGCAGCUUUCAAACAAUCUGGGUUUUGCUGUGUUUGAUGAAAAUUCAGCUUCAGCUUCUGGACCUGAGUUUCCCUUACUUACAUCACAGCCAUGGACAGCACCUCCAGCUCCGAGGGCCAAGGAGAACGAACUAAGAGCAGGACCUUGGAACGCUGGCAGGCAUCCUCGCAGCAAUGAAAAUUCUGGUGUAGAAAUGUCCUGCCCACUGCCCAGUUUCACCCCAUAUGUGGAAGAGUCAGCUCAGCAACCAAUCAUGACCCCCUGCAGAAUCGAACCCAGCAUAAGCCGUGUUCUAAGUGUUCGCAAACCUGAGAAAGAGGAGGAUCCACUGCAGCGAGUGCAAAAUUAUCAGCAGGAUACUCAAGACAAGAAAGAGGUGGCGAUGUACUGUAAAGAUAAAGUUUAUGCUGGCGUUGAUGAAUUUUCUCUGGAAGAGAUUCGAGCUGAAAUCUACAGAAAGAAAGCAAAAAAGCGAGCUGAAGAGGAGAUGCAGGCCAUAGCACAGAAGAAGGAAGAAAUACAAAGGAAAAUUGAGGAGCUGGAGAACAAGUUAAAGAAGAAACAAGAUGACAAGCAGCAACAACCAUGUGAACAGCCAGCAGACAUAACAAAAGCUUCGCCACCUUUGGGACUGGAAGGAUUUACUUUUUCCAGUGCCACAGAAGUUGGGGAGAAACCACCUCGAUUGCAAAGUGACCCACUGGUCUCUGAAGAUAACCAGCUGCAUAAACCAUCUUGUUCUGAGGAUAGGGAGAGAAGUGUGUUUUCAGAGCCUGAGGAUGGACAGGAGGAAGAGAGAGAGGAGGCCAGCCGUGGAACAAAAGAUGUAGCUCUCCUUCCUCCACCAGAUACUGCCAAGGUUUUCUCUGUAUUUGAUGAAUCCUCUACUUUGGCAAAUCAGAAUAUAAGUUGUUCUGCAGCUCCUACACAGAACAGUUACCGGUGUCCUCUUGCUGAUCGUAAACCUUUAGAUUCCCAGACUGCAAAGGAAAACGCACCGCCGGAAGCCUGUGUUGAGGCGAAUGGAAUCGAACCUUUGACUGAAUAUGCAAUUGUGACCGGCUGCUACGGGAACAAGAGCCUAUGUGCUAACCCAGAAGACAUGUGUGACUUUGUUAGGGCUGCCCAUCUGGCCUCAACGCCCUUUCAUGGGGUGGUAGCUCAGAGAGUCCCAGCUCCUGCUUUUUCACAGGGUAUCCUGAAGGAAGACUCUCCAGAACCUACAAGUGCACCUCUGAAUCGGGAAAUGCUGGCUUGCAAGGGAGAGUACAACGAAGCUCUUUGUGUAAAUAAACUCAGCCCAAUCAUGGAAGCAAGCCUGGAAGAUACUCGCUCGUCAGGUUCUUCCGUCACCUCAGGAUCGUCUCUUUCCUGUGUUACACAAAUAUCUACUAUUAAAUACCUGCAUGUCCCUGAGAAACUGGAACUUGCUCAAAGCUUGCCUGCUGAAACGGUUACUGAUUCUGGAGGUGAUGAUGGAACUCUGUUCUUGUGGAGCGCUGAGCAGCGUAAAAAACUUCUGGAUCCUAUGCCAGAACCGGUGACUGCUUCUCCAGAUUUUCAUUUGGAGACCGGUGCUCUGCCUGUCAUGGAGCUUCAGAAAGACAUCUUGCUAGGAAACGAGACUUACUGUAUCAAAUGGGAAUAUUGGGCCAAUGAAGAAUACAAGAUGAUGUUUGCCAUUCCAGCUAACUGUCCCCAGUUGGAUGCAAGGGGAUUUGCAAUUAAGGUGUAUUCCCAGCCUGUGCCGUGGGACUUCUAUAUCACACUUCAGUUACAGGAGCGUUUGAGUGCUGACUUUGACCGAAGCUUCAGUGAGAGCUGCAGCUGUUACUUGUAUCAAGAUGGCUGUGCUGUUUUGCACAAGGAUAUAAAUCGCUUCACACUUGGCGAUGUUAUUCGUGGCUGUAAGUCCAUCAUGGAGGAAGUUAUCCUACUGGUUGUUUAUAAUCUUCUGGCUAUGGUAGAGAAGCUCCACAAAGCAGAGAUUGUCCAUGGAGAUCUGCGCCCAGAGGUGUUCUUCCUGGGAGACAGGAUCUGUGAUCCGUUUGCUAACGAUGAGAUGGCAAGAGCUCUGAAGAUAGUGGAUUUCUCUCACAGUCUAGAUUUGAGGUUACAGUCUCAAGUAAGCUUGUCCGACAGCUUUCCCAUAUCGCAGACCCCUCAUGGACAGCAGCUUCUGGUGAAAAGUUCUCUUCCUUAUCAGGUGGACUUGGUUGGCAUUGCAGAUAUAGUCCAUUUGCUGCUCUUUGGGGAUCACCUCCAGGUCUGUCAAGAAAAUUCCAUCUGGAAAGUCAGCCGAAAUCUAUCCACGACUGUUGACAGUGAUUUCUGGAAUAAACUUUUUGAGAGAAUUCUGAAUGCAGCUGGUAAGUCCACAGUGCCUCUGCUGAGGGAGCUGAGAGAGGAAAUUAGUGACAUGUUUGACAGCUCUUUCCAAGAACGACUUGGUGAAUCCUUAGCUGCGCUGGGAGAAACUUUCUUCUUUGAGAACUUCCUGUAA